AUAGACCAAUACAUUACCACUAGAGGGCAGUAUAGCUCGUGAAAUGUAUUUCUAAAAUUUCCUUUUUUUGUUCUGUAGUGAGAAGCCAAGCAUUGUUUAAGUACGACAUUACAUCACUGACUGGUGGAGCUGUCCACUGUUUGUUAUUACUACCAGAAAGUUAUUACAGUCGUUGGUUUCUUUUACUUAUACGGGCUUUUUUCCGACUUUGGCGUCAUAUCUGACUGAAGCUGAGGCAAAGUUUUGCAGUGGAUGCUGCCGCUUGGAGUGAAUGAGCUGAUCCACCUACAGAGGAACUGAGGACCACAGAUAGAGGACCAGCAUCAGUCUGUGAAGGGUUUACUGCUUAGGCUGGUAGAGCAGUUGUUGGGAGUAAAUGCAUGGAGUGAACACACUGCAGUAGGUUUCUUUCUUGUUUGUCCGUAGUGUUCUUCAUCCAUCAUCAGCCUCGGUGCACCCGCACACUCGGUGGGACCAUGUGGAUUAUUCUGGCGUUUGCGGUGGCAGCGGCUGGUGUCGAUGGAAACUGGGGAUGCCAGCUGGCCCACGACUGGAGACCGCAGACAGAAGCGUGCCGAGCCGAGCUUGCGGAGAUCAUAGUCUUUGCCAAGGUGUUGGCCUUGCACAAGGAGUCGUACAGUGUGUACAACUACCUGCCGUGGCAGCAGCCGGACUCGGACCUGCUCUUCUCUGCAGAGAUCGAGCUGCAGUGUGACCAGGCGUGGGGCAGCAUGCUGGAGGUCCCGGCCGGCUCCAGGUUUAAUGUCAGCGGUCUGGGAUACUUCCCCUGCUACUCAUACAGUGUCAUCAAAAACAAUAAUUACUACUUCUUCUUAAGGAUGGAUGAAAACUACAACAUUGUCCCUCAUGGAGUGAACUUCCAGGACCCCAUCUUCCCCGACACAGUCGAGAACCAUCGUGCAUUCGCCAGCCUCUUCCAGUUUGCUAACUGCACUCCUGGGACUCAGGUUCACAGCUAUACGCCAGAGUGGGAGGCUCAGGAGGACCACAGGUUACUCUGCUCUCAGGUGCAGAAAGCCCUGUUUGAGGAGGAGGAGCAGGUGAGGACUCUAUCCCAGAAGGUGCGCACCUUGGAAAAAGCCAACAGCCACCUGAGGGAGAAGGUGAAGACCAUGAAACGUCUGCUGCGUCAAGCCCAAAGAGAAACCACCAAGGAAGAACAGACCCUCAACCUCAAACAGAUCUACGAGUCCAAGACUCCACAAACUCACCCAGAUCAGGACACCAACCCUGCUUCAAAGAAUCCUUCGCUCAAAAAGUCUGUUUCCAAACCACGAAAAAACUAGGCAGUUUCCCACUGUUGUGUGGAACCAUUUCUUUGUGAAGCAUCUGCAACAGAGUUCCUGUCUGUCUGACUGACAGCUGGAGGAGUGACACCAAAGCAGGUCAGCUGAAUGGUCCUCUGUGGACAGUAUGCUGCUCAAAAACGGAAUAUUCUACCCAUUAGUCUGUUUGUACAAAGGUAUAAUCACUAUCAAAUGAAAACUAUUACUUUUCUGAGCCUUCAUGUUGUAGAGUAGGCGGGACGAGGCCUGGAUUUCCUCAGGCUGUCAGUUUGUGCUCCCAUGUUUCUGCAGCAGUAAAGUGGAAGCGAGUCCAUGUGUCUGAAGCUUAAUAUGCAAAAA